GAGAAGAUCCAGGCGAUGUUCACGGUCCUGGGAGCCUUCGGGUCAGUGACCACCGGCCGCAGCAGCAGCUCCACGCGCUUCUCCAUGGUCCUGUCGCUGGAUUUCAGUGCCACCGGCCGGAUAACCGCUGCUCACCUCCAGACCAUGCUGCUGGAACGGAGCCGCGUCACCCAGCAGCCCCACGGAGAGAGCAGCUUCAACGUCUUCCCCCUGAUGCUGGCGGGGCUGGAUGCGGCUCAGAGGACGAUGCUACACUUGCACCAGGUGGCUGAGAGCAAUUCCUUUGGGAUCAAACCGUUCUCAAAGCCCGAGGAGAAGCAGAAAGCCUCGGUGGCAUUUGCCCAGCUCCAGGCUGCCAUGGCCACGCUGGGCAUCACGGCGGAGGAGCAGGCGGCCGUCUGGCGAGUCUUAGCCGGCAUCUACCACCUGGGAGCCGCCGGCGCCUGUAAAGUUGGCAGGAAGCAGUUCAUGAAAUUCGAGUGUGCGAGCUACGCCGCAGAGGUGCUGGGCUGCGACCUGGAGGAGUUCACCACCGCCGUCUUCAAACACCACCUGAAGCAGAUCCUGGCGCAGGUCACGGCACGGGGCCCCCGGCUGCCCCCGGCAGAGGAGAGCCCGGCAGGGCCGAAGAUGACGGGUGUGGAGUGCGUGGAAGGGAUGGCUUCGGGUCUCUACGAAGAGCUCUUCGCCGCCGUCGUCUCGCUGAUCAACAGGUCUUUCUCCUCCCAGCACCUCUCCAUGGCCUCCAUCGCGGUGGUGGACACUCCUGGCUUUCACAACCCGCGGCACCAGCGGGGCGAGCGAGCGGCGACGUUUGAGGAGCUCUGCCACAACUACGUGCACGAGCGGCUGCAGGCUCUCUUCUACGAGAAAACCUUUGUUUUGGAAAUGGAGAGGUACAGAGAGGAAAAUGUUGAGGUGUCUUUUGAUCUUCCAGAGCGGUCUCCACUGGCCACACUGUCCAUCAUCGACCUGGGCUCCUCACAGGCGCUGCCCGGCAGCCCGGGGGCCGAUCGCAGGGGGCUGCUGUGGAUCCUGGAUGAGGAGGUGCUGAUCCCAGGCUCCGGGGACGGCACUGCCUUCGACCGCCUCUGCUCCUACUUCGCCACGAAGGCACCCGACCAGGAGGGGGACGGCUGCCUGCGCAGGUGUGAGCAGGCGCUGCACUUCGAGAUCUCCCACCAGCUGGGCACGGACCCCGUGCGCUACGACCUCACGGGCUGGGUCAGCAAAGCCAAGCUCAACCUCUCGGCACAAAACGCCAUCCAGGUGCUGCAGCGGUCCAAGGUAGAUGCCGUGAGGGAGCUGGUGCUGCCGCGCUCGCGGGCGCCGCUGGCCUGCCGCGCCGUGGCGGGGCUGGAGGGAUGCUCCCAGGCCGUCCUGCACCGCAACGCCUGCGUGAGGAAAACCUUCGCCAGCAGCUUCGCAGCCGUGAAGAAGUCGGUGUGUGCUCAGCUCAAGCUGCAGGCGGACGCGCUCACGAACCUCCUCCGACGCUCCCAGCUGCAUUUCGUCCACUGCCUCCUCCCGGGGACGCCCCAGCCCUCCUGGGGUCCUCGGCCCCCCUCGCCGCCCGACGCAGCCCUGCAGCUGGACAUGCCGACCCUGCGAGCUCAGCUGGAGGGGACCCAGCUCCUGGACGCUCUGCGCCUUCACCGCGUUGGCUAUGCGGAUCGCCUGCUCCUGACCCAGUUCCGAAGGCGCUUCCAGGUCCUGGCUCCGGACAUCAUGAAGAAGCACACCUCUGCCUACGAGGUGCCGGACGAGAGCAAGGCUAUAGAGGAGCUCUUCCAGGCGCUGGAUCUGGAGAAGAAGAGCGUGGCCAUAGGACGCAGCCAGGUUUUCCUGAAGCCAGGGGUCAUCUCCAGGCUGGAGAAGCAACGUGACAAGCUGAUAGCCCAGAAGAUGAUCCUGCUCCAGGCUGCUUGCAGGGGCUUCCUCAGCCGUCAGAAAUUCAAGAGGUUGAAGAUCCAGCGCCUCGCCGUCCGCUGCAUCCAGAAGAACCUGGUGGUUUUCCAGGCCAUCAGGCACUGGCCCUGGUGGCAACUGCUGAGCCGCGUGCGGCCCUUGCUCAGCAUUAACCUCGCGGAGGAGCAGCUCCGUGCAAAAGAAGAGGAGCUGGCGGCGCUGAGAAGGAAGCUGGAAAAAUCCGAGCAGGCAUGCAGCGAGCUCAGGCAGACUGCAGAGAAACUGGAGAGCAAGAUCAUCGACCUGACGACGGAGCUGUCGGACGAGCGGUACAAGGGUGAUGUUGCCUGCCAGGUCCUGGAUGGGGAGCGGGCAGAGAGGCUGCGGGGAGCCCGCGAGCUGCAGGAGCUGCAGAGCAAACACGACCAAGUGCAGAAGAAAUUGGAGUCGGUGGAAAAGCAGCUGGAAGAGGCCCAGCAGCUGGUUCAGUUGCGCGAGAUGAAGAUAAGCGGCUCUGGAGGAGAGGACGAGUGGCAAGUGCGCUUCGACUGCGCGCAGACGGAGAUUGCUUUCCUGCGGAAGCGGCUGGUGCAGCUGGAGGAGCGGCUGGAGUCCGAGCUGGGCGCCAGGACGGGGCUGGAGCAAAAGCUCGGCCAGGCGCAGGCGGCCUGCGAAGCGGCCAAGAAGGGGUCCCAGGAGCUGCGGCGGCGGUGCCGGCGGCUGGCCUGCGAGCUGGAGGACGCGCGGACGCUCGCCGAGAGCCAGCAGAGCCGCAGCCACGAGCUGGAGAAGCGGCAGAAGAAGUUUGACCUGCAGCUAGCCCAGGCCCUGGGAGAGUCUGCCUUUGAGAAGAGCCUCCGGGAAAAAUUGUCCCAGGAGAACACCAGCAUCCGAUGGGAAAUGGGCAAACUUCAGCAGAGCUUAGAACAGAAGGAGGCGGAGGUGGCCAGGCUGGAGCAGCGAGGGACCUUGCUGGCCGGCCGGCUGCAGGAGCUCAGCACCCCCAGCGCCCUGGACGCCCGCGCCGUGCCCGCACUCAAAAAGCAGCUCUGGGACCUGGAGGCCAGCGCUGCCGAGCAGCGGAAAGAGCUGGAGAGGCAAACAGCCGCCGUUGAUCACCUGGAGCAGCUCCACCAGAGACUGGAGCUGGAGAUAGAGCGGAUGAAGCAGAUCCACCAGAAGGAGCUGGAGGACAAGGAUGAGGAGUUGGAGGAUGUGCGGCAGUCCUGCCAGAGGAGGCUCCGGCAGCUGGAGAUGCAGCUGGAACAGGAGUACGAGGAGAAGCAGAUGGUGCUGCAUGAGAAACAGGACCUGGAAGGGCUCAUCAGCACCCUGUGCGAGCAGAUCGGCCACCGCGACUUCGACGUGGAGAAGCGGCUGCGGCGGGACCUGCGGCGGACACGAGCCCUGCUCGCCGACGUGCGGCUGCUGCGGGCGGCCCCCCCCGAGCCCAGCACCGGCACCCAGGACCUGCAGCGGCUGCGCAAGCAGUUGGAAGAGAGCGAAGCAAAGUGCGCAGAGGCCCAGAGGUCCCAGCAGACGACGGCCCUGCAGCUGGAGAACUUGCAAACAGAGCUGGAGACCCUCAGCAGAAACAAGACCCUGGUGGAUGAGCAGCUGUACCGGCUGCAGCACGAGAGAGCCGACCUCCUGAAACGCAUCGACGAGGACCAGGAGGACCUGAACGAGCUCAUGGCAAAGCACAAGGCUCUGAUCGCCCAGUCGGCAGCGGACAUCGCUCAGAUCCGGGAGCUGCAGACGCAGGUGGAGGACGUGAAGAAAGAAAAGCAGAGCCUUCAGGAGAAGCUGCAGGCAGCGCAGGCGAGAGCAGCACGGCUGGAGCAGAGCCCGGCCGAGCGCUCCAUCGUCAGCCGGCAAGAAGCCCGCAUCCGCGACCUGGAGAGCCAGCUGGACUUCCAGAGCGUGCAGAUGAAACGCUUCGAGGUGCUGGUGCUGCGCUUGCGAGACAGCAUCAUAAAGAUGGGCGAGGAGCUGGAGAAGGCAGCCGAGUCGGAGGCGCGGGAGAAGGAGAGCACCAGGUACUACCAGAGGAGGAUGGAGGAGAUGAAGGCUGACAUGGACGAGCUGGUGCAGAGGGAGCUGGAGUCCAGCCGCCGGCGUGUGGAGCUGGAGCAGCAGCUGGCGGAGCUGGCGGCGGUGCGGCAGGUCUUGCAGGCUGACCUGGGCACUUCCAUCCGGCGCAUCGCUGAUCUGCAGGUGGCCCUGGAAGAGCUGCGCUCCAGCGACGAGAGCGAUGCCGAGAGCGUGUCGACGGCGCGGGAGUCGCUCUGCUCCAGGAGAGAGACGGACGCCUGCUCCAGCGUCGGCUCCGCGCUCAGCCUGGAGCCUGCAGAGAGCAUCAAGUCCUGGCCGGGAUCGUCCGCGGGCUGGUCUUCCCCGGCGGGUACCAGCAUGGCCGGGAGCCUCUCGGUGCAGUCCGUUGGGAGCCGCAGCACCCAGGGCCCGAGGGUGAACAGAGACACCAAGGAGCCAACACCGAGCCGGCUGGCUUCUUCCCGGAGCGCUGCCAGGCCUGUUGAUGCUGCGGAUCUGGGGACGAUGCCGAGUCCCUUGCUCAGUGCUAAAAGAUGGGAAUACGCAAAACCUCCGGCAGAUGAAGAGGAGGUGGAGAGCCCAAAAAAGCUUGUGGAUAGGAUAGGAGAGAUGUCCCCCUCGGCGCUGCGGCGGGGGGGCUCCCCUGCCCCGGACGGGAGGUUCCCCAGCCCGCUGUCUCCGACGGUGCCGAGGAGGAGAGGGCUCUCUCCGGCGGCAGGGCCGGUGCCCAGCUCCUCGGCCGCCCUCUCCGAGUACGUGGAGGAGCUGCGGCGGCAGCGGGGAGCCGAGCGGGAGCAAGGGCACCCGGCGCUGGGUGACACCUCUCCCCUCCCCAUUUACCGCACCACGGGUGCCGCAGCCCUGCGGCGCGGCAGGGCUUUCCUGGCGGCGGAGGAUUCCCUGGGGAAGCUGGAUGGGAAUCGGCCGGGGGAAGGCGAAGGAGCAGGCGCUGGCCUCGUGCGCUCCUCCAGCCUGCGGAGCAUGGCCUCAGAGCCGGCCGAGCCGGCACGCUCACCAGCGCUGAAAAGAGCUUCAAAGUUCGGCUCCUACGACUCCCUCCUGCAACGCCUCGACAGCUCCGGCCGCCGGCCGAGCUCUCCGGCUGCAGGGAUGGAGGUGCUGGGUGCGCUGAGGCCGAGCUCUUGGAGAAGCUACCUGGAACCGUCGGUGGAAGAUGUGGAGGUGGGAAAGGGCUCUGGGGAGCUCCUGAGCUCGCCAGCCAGCGACAGGCUGGGUGAGGGGAAGGGGAGCGACCCCUUCAGCUGGCGAAUCCCCACCCUCAACUACGAGAGGAGAACCAACGUCGACUUCGAUGACUUCCUCCCGGCCAUUCGCAAAUCCCGCUCCACCAGCAGCCUGGCCAAGCCCGGGAGGGACAGAAAGGACGGCCACCGGCCCCUCACUGUCCGCUUUGAGGAUGAGGCCAUAGCGGGCAGCUCGGCAUCCUCCGAGACGAAGGGCACUGCCAAGCGCAGUCCAGUCCCCCGGGAGGACGCCGGGGACCUCUCCGACUCCUCCUCAUCCUCUGGCUCGCUCCUCUCCUCCCGGAGCGCUGACAGCAUCAAGCGCCGGCCGCAGCCCCAGAGAGGGGACGGGGAGGGGUGCAGCAGCAAAGCCGGCACCCAGAGCGGCGGGGCAAACCGCCGGGCAGAGGCAGAAGGGAAGGAAGACGAUGUCAACAGCAUCAUGAGGAAAUAUCUGGGAAAAGACUAAGGUAACCGGGCUCAGGUGACCGGCACUGGCUCAGAGCAGCGGUGGAAGGUUUGCGGUGCUGGCCCCGAGCCGCUGCCCCUCCAGCCCACGCGGGUGCCUGCACCGAUGCCGUGGAGUGCGUGGGGACAGGGUGUCCGGGGCCAGCGUUGCUCCCCACGCUCCCCCCCGGCACACAGCAGCAGCCCCAGGCAGGGGAGGCACUGGCCCAGCUUCAGCCUCAACACCCGGCUGUGCUCCCCGUUCCACAGCAGCUGGGACGGGGCCGGGGACGCCCCGUGGGACAUGCAGCAUAGGGGACCAGCCCCCCCCUCGCCCUCUCCUUGCCCCCUUCGGAGCUGCAGGGGGGUGGGCAAUGGGGACGGUGCUGGGGACAGCCCCAGAGCUGGUCACACCGCCAGCUCUGAGUCCACUGGGGUCCCUCAGCCUCCUGGUUUCCCAAAAAUAGCAUCCCCCAGCUCCUACCACGCCACCCAGCAGACACAUCCUCCCGAGCCCCCUGAGUGCUCCUCCCAGUGCCCCAGCUUGUUCGAUUAAUUUGGAAUUUGCUUUGGCUGGAUUUGAGGGGGUCACCCCCUCCGGAGGAGCGGGGUCCCGCCUAGGUCAGGCCAGCUUCCCCCAGUUAGCAACUGCCUCUGACAGCCACUUGGAUCCAGUGUCUGCAUUGCAACCAACACUUUGAGAAUUAGGAUUUGUUGCUGCAAUCCAGGUUUGAAAGCAAAGUCCUUAAUGAAUGUGCCGCAACUGUAAUUAAGUGUUUAAAAUAGAUUACAAAAAACAUUUUGUAAAACCAUUGCCUUUAGACUAACUUAUUGGAUGUCAAGCUGUGACCAAAUUGACUAAGCCAACACAAGAAGGGAGCGGAUGUUAAUAAAACAUUUCUUUCCAGGAAGCACAAUUUGCAUAAUGAAACGUCCCACUUUCUCCAGAAUUUGUUUCAAUAAAUGGCAGCAAGUGGCCUCAGCGCUGCACGGAGCGAGGAGCCGCGACCGGGCAAUCUGCUUCCCCGCUCCCUCGGAAGAGCACCCGAUAGGAAACGUGUCAGUUAAACAGAGACUGCGAGUGGCUCCCCAAAAGUCACGGGAUGGUUUUACAGACGAUGAGACUUUUUUGUUUUGUUUUGUUUUAAACAUACCGUGGUUUCUUUAAGCUCCUGCCCUGUUUCCCAUCACCGCAGCUUUGCUCAGGGCCAGCCGCAGGGACAAGGGACUUUCUUGUUCUCCUGCAGUCGUUUGACUCAGGAGUUGGUGCUGUAAUUAAAACCCAGCGGCUGCCACAGAUGCCUGAUAACAUGCCACGCUGGUCAGGGGAAGGCCACGCUGUGAAGACCUGGAGGAACACCAAACCUUUUUAACUCAAAAGGUGCAGCCCGGAUGUCUCAUCCCACAUAGUGCUGCUCAAAAAUCAGCCGAGCAGCUGAAGGAUGCUUUUGGGUCUUGGUGUGACACCCAGCAACAGCGGAGCUGGCGGGUCGGGCAAACCCAGCAGCUCCUUCCAGAACAUCUCUCCCUAUAUGCUUUUAUUUUUUUAGUUUCCAGGGGCUGACACUUUCCCUGAAGCUUUAUAAUUCUGUAGAUACUUGCAGACAGACCUGUACGUGGUUUUACAGCUCCUGCCUCCUGGGGACAUGCAAGGCAACGCUGCGGUGCGGGUGGCAAUGGGAGGCUGUAUUCGGAUGGCUGCUUGGAUUUUACACAAUAAAAUAUUUGCUUCUUUGACACAAGCCUCUUCUUGUCUUUCCUUCCCCGCAGCAAGAGCAGGUCUGUGGAUGCAACGUGGUGCAGAGCUGGGCGCUCCCCCCGCCAGCCCCCA